GGUCAGACCUGCUGCUGAUCAUGUGACCUGUCUGACUACGUAAUCCAGAUUUACUUUUGCACGAGGCCUGUUUACAAACAGUGCUGGAAUAUCUAAACUAGUCUGCUCUAGUUUUGUAAACCUGCUGCAGCGUUACAAAAGACUUGGUACGACAGAAUGAAAGUUGCUGUGAUUGGUCAGAGUUUGUUCGGGGCGGAGGUGUAUCGACUACUACAGAAGGAUGGACAUCACAUCGUAGGGGUGUUCACUGUCCCUGAUGUCAACGGCAAACCAGACCCACUGGCUGUGGCGGCGGCUAAGGACAACAUUCCGGUAUUUAAGUACAAGAGGUGGCAGGUGAAGAAGGUGGCGGUCCCCGAGAUUCUGGCGGAAUACAAGUCUGUAGGGGCGGAGCUUAACGUGCUCCCCUUCUGCUCUCAGUUCAUCCCCAUGGAUGUCAUCAACUACCCCAAGUACCAGUCUAUCAUCUACCACCCCUCCCUCCUACCCAGGCAUCGAGGGGCAUCAGCCAUUAACUGGACCCUGAUGCAGGGAGAUAAAACGGGCGGGUUCUCUAUUUUCUGGGCCGACGAUGGACUGGACACAGGACCGAUCCUCCUACAGAAGAAGUGCUAUGUUGCCCCUGAUGACACUGUAGACACCAUUUACAACCGCUUCCUGUUUCCAGAAGGGGUCAAAGCCAUGGGAGAGGCUGUCCAGAUGAUCCACCAAGGGAGAGCACCGCGGAUUGUGCAGCCUGAAGAGGGCGCUACAUAUGAUGCUCUUCUGAAAAAGGCCAAUGUCAAGAUUGACCUGAAUCAGUCUGCAGAGAACAUCCAUAAUUUUAUCAGAGGCUGUGACAAGGUGCCAGGGGCCUGGAUUGAGAUCAAGGGGGAGAAAGUGACGUUAUUUGGGUCCAGACUUUGGAACAGGAUGGAACCCCGAGGUACACAGGUGGAUAUACCUGGUGCCAGUAAACCAGCCAUUGUUCACAAGAAUGGAAUGGUCAUCUUCGGCAACGAUGGGAAAAUGGUGAAUGUUAGUCAGCUACAGUUCGAGAAUGGGAAGAUGAUCCAGGCGUCUAAAUUUGGCAAGGAGGACACCUCUCAGACCAAGCUAGAACUGACUCCAGAGGAGGAAAAUAUGAUCAAAAAUCUUAAGGUUGUAUGGGGUGGGAUACUCAACAUUGAAGUGGAUGAAUCAACUGAUUUCUUCAAGUCUGGUGCAGGGUCCAUGGAUGUUGUAAGGUUGGUGGAAGAGGUCAAGGAGAAAUGUAAUGGCGUUAGUCUACAGAAUGAGGACGUGUAUAUGAAUGCCGGGUUUGAGGAUUUUGCCAGUUGUGUGAUCCGUAGAUUCCGAGGAAUAGAGGAUAAGGAGCCAUUCACAUUUGAUGCUGUCAACAUGCGAGUGAACAACAUGGAUCUGUCCUUCCCUCACCAGUGCUUUAUUGACAACGAAUUUGUGGACUCGUCUGAUGGAAGGACGUUUGACACAAUUAACCCUAAUGAUGAAUCUGUGAUCUGUAAGGUGUCCAGGGGUACACCAGAGGACGUGAACAGAGCUGUAGAGGCUGCCAAGGUUGCUUUCUAUGAAGGUGAAUGGGGGAAGAUGAAUGCCAGGGACAGAGGAACACUCAUGUUCAGACUGGCAGAUUUAAUGGAUGAGCACCGGGAAGAGUUAGCUACGCUGGAGAGCAUUGACUCAGGAGCUGUAUACACUCUAGCCUUGAAGACACACGUGGGGAUGUCUAUUGACACAUUCAGAUACUUUGCUGGCUGGUGUGAUAAGAUUCAGGGUUUGACCAUUCCUAUUAACCAUGCACGGCCAAACAAGAACCUGACCUACACCAAGAGGGAGCCUAUUGGAGUGUGUGCAAUUGUGGUGCCCUGGAAUUACCCCUUGAUGAUGUUGGCGUGGAAAAUGGCAGCUUGUUUGGCAGCAGGCAACACAGUAGUCCUAAAACCAGCACAGGUCACUCCUCUGACAGCCCUGAAAUUUGCAGAACUUGUUGUGAAGGCUGGGUUUCCACCAGGAGUAAUCAACAUCUUACCUGGUCCAGGUUCUUCCAUUGGACAAGCCAUGUCAGAACAUCCAGAGAUCAGGAAGCUUGGAUUCACAGGAUCCACUCCUAUUGGAAAAACCAUCAUGGAAAGUUGUGCCAAGGUUAACCUGAAGAAGGUCUCUCUGGAGCUGGGAGGGAAAUCCCCUCUGAUUAUAUUUAGUGACUGUGAUAUGGACAAAGCUGUUAGAAUGGGAAUGAGUUCAGUGUUUUUCAACAAGGGAGAGAACUGUAUAGCUGCAGGAAGGCUGUUUGUUGAGGAAUCUAUACAUGACGAAUAUGUGGAACGCAUUAUUGGGGAGAUUAAGAAGAUGAAGAUUGGGGACCCGCUUGACCGCUCCACUGACCACGGCCCACAGAACCACAGAGCUCACCUGGAGAAAUUACUGGAGUACUGUCAAGUGGGGGUUAAAGAGGGAGCCAAGCUGGUGUAUGGGGGCAAACAGGUCGACAGGAAAGGACUGUUCAUGGAGCCCACAGUGUUUACCGGGGUGGAGGACCACAUGUUUAUUGCUCAGGAGGAGUCCUUUGGUCCGGUUAUGAUCAUCUCCAAAUUCCAAGACGGGGACAUAGAUGGUGUGUUGAAGAGUGCCAAUGGAACAGAGUAUGGUCUGGCCUCAGGUGUGUUUACUAACGACAUCAACAAGGCUAUGUAUGUGGCUGAUCACCUCGAUGCUGGAACUGUGUUUGUCAACACGUACAACAAGACUGAUGUGGCAUCUCCCUUUGGAGGUUUCAAACAGUCUGGAUUUGGAAAGGAUCUUGGAAUGGAAGCGCUGACAGAAUAUCUCAAGACAAAAGCAGUUACUGUAGAGUAUGGACAGAGUAGCUGAAGGACUGAGACAGAAAGAAGAGAACCAAGUUCAAAUUCUGAGGGUGUGAGAUUUGUACUUCCAUUCCAUUAAAACAAAUGUAUGAUGCAUAAAAAAGACUUGUUUUAUCAAACACUGGUUUCUCUGUGCCAAAAAAGACAACCUCAUUAAAAUAUUUCAUCACUAUUUUUUAACCAAUUUUGAACAGUUUUAUUUUAGAUAAUACAUGUAUUAAUAUUGAAUAACUGUGUUGUAACACAAAACAGUGUUGUACAAUUUUAGAUAAUGAAAUAUCUUUCUAAUGUCAUAGACUUAUUUGUUUUAAAGGUAUUGGAUUUUAUUUUUUAACUUCAUAGUUUUAGAUUAGUUAUUUUUGCCGCCCCUUACUCUAAUGCAUCAUAUCACUGUACAUCUUUUUUUCCCUGAUACUUUUUGAAUUUAGUUUUUAAGACCAAAGAAAAUACAUUAAAUACAAAUCCCAUCUUUGUUUUGUCAUAUCUAGUCAGACGUGGUUUGUAGGCUUGUUAAUGCUGGUGUUUAUUACUGUGCCAUGUCCAGGAAGAUCUGCUCACGCAAUCAUUUCCUCAUAAUUUGUGUAACCAAUUUCACCACACUGUGCACUUAAAUAGUACAGGCACCAUUAGCACAUUGAGUUUGCAAGCAUAUCGGUAAUGUUUUGAGAAACAUACUCAAAAAGAGUAAAUAUUCUCAACUUAAUCAUCAAUCUAAUUAAAAUCAAACCUUCACUAGCUCCUUUUUAUUGUGUAUUUUCACGUGACAAACAAAAUAAAAAGGAGCUAGUGAAGGUUUGAUUUUAAUCAGACUGCUUAAUCAUGUUUAAUAAUUUUUUAUUUAAUUUAAAAAGUAAGUUGCAGGUAAUGGAAUUUAUUGUUGUUACCGUUUAGAUGUGGUAAAUUUUUGAUUAAAUGUAUUGGAAAACUAGCCAAUAUACACUCCAAUAGAAUUAUAUAGAGAGCUUACCAAGCAUUUAUUUUUUCACUGAAUUGUUUUAAGCCUUUUUUUUAAGGCACAUACCUAUGUACUUAUUUUAUGUUUUUAUUUUUGUCAUUUGGUAACUAGCAUUUUAAAGUGUACUGUAGAGGUUUAAAAAUCAUGUUUUGUUAAAGCUUUGGGUAAACUGUUCAUCUUUUCUGUGGAUUUUUGUACAUUUGCUUCCUUUAUAUGAGGGGAUAUUGCUUGCUUUUGGCCAGCUAUUUUACAUAUGUACAUGGAGUUUUGUUGGUGAUUUUCGACUUUUCUUUCACUAUGUUGGUUGUGCUUUUUGUCAGACUGUUGUACAUCGUUAACUUCUCUACUUGAUAUAGCCAUAAUAUAAUCUGUAAUAAUAUGCACGUAAUGACUCUUAAAUAUAAAUAAUGAUAUUUAAAUGAAGGUUAAAGAAGGAAAUAUUCCCUUGACACAUGUUAUUCAUUGUUAAAUCUAAUGUGCCAUAAGCUAUGGAUAUUUAAUCAAAAUAAGUGUUAUGAUUUUUAUUGAAUUCUCAAUUAGGCCAAAAAAAAAAGUAAUUAAUAGUUUCUCAGGCCAAAAAAUUCAAAAUUCAAUGCGACAGACAGGCUUUUUUUUUUUGAAACAGGUUUUACACCUUUUUUAAGCCAUUUAUUAAAGAAAAUGAUAAUAUCUACUACUUCUUAAUUUUUGUUCUCUGAAAUUAGUUAUAAUAUGUAUUCCAUUUGAAAUAAUGUUAUUCCAAACAUUUAUUUAACAGUUAAUUUAGAAAAUACUUUAAAUUUAGAAGAAAUGUAUUGUUUUUCUAAUAAAAACGUCUUUCUUGGCAAUUAUGAAAAGGGGAAUAACUCGAUUUUCUUUUUCAGCUUUGAAAAAUAGAAAAUUGAGUUAUUUCCCUUUUCAAUAUGUCAAUAAAAUUGAUCAAUGCGGCCGUUUUUGAACUGAUGCGGCGGUGCCUGAGAAACUAUUGAUUAAUUUUUUUUGGCCUUAUAAAAAAUAUGUAGUUUGUGUACAUAUGAUAAAAAUUGACAUAUUUACUUCAAAACUUUUGAUACAUCCUAAAUGUGUUUUCUUUUUUCAUCUUAUUUUCCCCUAACUAUCAUGAUUCAGACAAAUUUAUGAAUAUUGAGAAUGUUUUUGUAAGAUGCAAGAGAGUUGAUUUAUGAGUUUCAUCUAGAUGCUAAAAUAUUUGUCAUAUUUCAAAGCCUUUUCAACUAUUUGAAAUGGAUCAGUAUUAUACAUUGUAUUGAUAGGUGAUCAGAUUUGAAUAUCUGAAUUUAUGUUGGAAGUAAGGGUUGUGUAUCAAUAUUUUAGUUUAAGAAAAUAUGCUGAAUGCAGUAUGAAUGUUCAUUUUAAUAUUGUGGAAUUUGAAGCUUUUGCAGUGGCAUUUGAGAGAUUUCUAUAAAAUCUCUAAAUUGUU